AUGUCACGCUGCACCAUUCGUUCGUUGGUAGGCCUGUUGAUUACGGGGCUCAUCGCCUCGGCGUCAGCCGCAACUACAGCCGACUGGAAGCGUAGAUCAGUAUACCAGACUAUGACAGAUCGUUUUGCUCGCACAGACGGAUCGACAACAUCACCAUGCAACACCAAGGAAGGCCUUUACUGCGGAGGAACAUGGCGAGGAACUAUCGACAAACUCGACUACAUCCAAGGAAUGGGAUUUGAUGCUGUGAUGAUCUCUCCGAUCAUGGAGAAUAUCCAUGGCCGAGUCGAGUAUGGCGAAGCCUACCACGGGUACUGGCCAUUAAACUUCAACAAACUCAACUCUCAUUUUGGGACGCAUCAAGACUUGCUCGACCUUAGUGCCGCUCUCCACUCCAGGGACAUGUACUUGAUGCUGGACACUGUGAUCAACAAUAUGGCCUAUAUCACGAAUGGUAGCAAUCCCGCCACAAAUAUCGACUAUUCCGUCUUGGAACCCUUCAAUAACGCCGACUAUUACCAUACGUACUGCAACAUGACAGACUGGAAUGAUAUGAAGAUUGCGCAGAAGUGCUCGACGGGUGAUUGGACGGUCCCACUACCAGAUCUUUUCACAGAGCACGAAGAUGUCCAAAAGCUCUUGAUCAAAUGGGCGAAAGACGCCAUAAAGACAUAUUCCAUUGACGGGCUCCGCAUUGAUGCAGCCAAGCACGUCAACCCAGAAUUUUUAAAAAUCUUUGCCGACGGCCUCGACAACAUUUUCAUGACAGGGGAAGUCCUUGAAGGCGCAGUCAGCAUCAUGAACGAUUACCAGAGCAACUACAUCGCCAGUUUGCCAAACUAUCCGAUCUAUUUCCAAAUCCUAGAGGCUUUUACCAUGGGCAAUACAUCCGCCUUGGCGAUAGGAGUGGAGAAUAUGAGAGUCUCGAUCCCAGAUGUCAAUGCUAUGGUCUCUUUCUCUGAAAAUCACGACAAGGCGCGGAUUGCGAGCUAUUCCAAGGACAUGGCGAUGGCCAAAAACAUCCUAGUAUUUACCAUGCUAUUUGAUGGAAUCCCGAUGAUAUAUCAAGGCCAAGAGCAACAUCUGGCCGGCGACUCAGUGCCCAAGAACCGAGAAGCCAUCUGGCUCACGAAAUAUGACACCGACGCGGAGCUCUAUAAGAUGAUCGCAAAGCUAAACCGCCUCCGCAAGCACGCAGCCUUGCUGGGCGAAGACUAUUUCGAGGACGACACCCACACAAUCUACCAGGGCGGCAGUGAGCUUGCUUUCACAAAAGGUGUUCAGGGUCGACAAGUUGUCAUGGUAUUGUCCAGCCAAAGCUCGGCCAGUAAAGCGUACAAAAUAGACUUGGCUGUCAGCUUUAAUGCUGGUACCAAGGUAACCGAAAUUUUGGGCUGUACGAACCAAACUGUCGAUGACGCGGGUAUGUUGAGCGUCCCUAUGGAUAAGGGAGAACCCAGAGUCUACUUCCCCACAAAAUACAUGGAAGGCAGUGGUCUUUGUGGCUAUUCUUCUGCGAACGUUUCCCUCGCGAUGCUGAAGACUCACAAUGGGUUGACGUCGGCUGGCAUCCGAUUUACGAGUGGUGCCAGUCUAGCUACCCUGCUAGGAGUGGUGACCAGCAUCGUCAUUACGCUCCUUUGA